AUGAGGCGUCUCUCCGGCCGGGCUCCGUGUCCCCGCGGUAGGGCGGCAGCAGCGGGGGCGGCGGCCGGGAUCAGACAUUUCUCUAGUGAUCCUCCACCGGAGCAAAUCAGUCGUUAUCCGAUUCCUUACAUGAAAGACCUUCCUUACGAUAUAGUUGAGCUUAUGGAAGAAGUCGAGUCGAAAGGGGGAUUUCUGCCCAACGUCUUCAAAGUCCUCUCUCACAGACCGGCAGAGUUCAGAGCCUUCUUCGCUUACUACAAUGAACUCAUGAACAAAGAGACAGGCAGAUUAACCAAGGCAGAUCGAGAGCUGAUUGUAGUGGCUACCAGUAUCCACAACAAGUGUCUUUACUGUGUGGUGUCCCACAGUGCACUGCAUCGUAUCUACUCAAAGAAACCAACUCUUUCUGAUCAGGUUGUUGUAAACUAUGAGAAUGCAGAGCUGUCAGCUCGGGAGCGUGCCAUGCUGGACUUUGCAAUGGCUGUGUGUCGCUGUGACACCAUCACUGAGCAGCAUUUCCAGUCUUUGGAGGAAGUGGGCUUUGACCGCGAGGAUGCUUGGGACAUCGCCGCCAUCGCUGCAUUCUUUGCCUUGUCCAACCGGAUGGCCCACCUCACCGACAUGAGGCCAAACUUAGAAUUUUAUAACAUGGGCAGAGUACCACGGGACAAGAGCAAGGCCAGCGGGCAAGAGAAAAAGGAAUAAUUUAACGGACGAGAUUAGCAGAUGUCAAAGGACGUGUGUUACACAUGCAUUAUGUGCACACUGCAACAAAAAGGUGAAGAUUCAGUUCUGUUUGUCUCCUUCUCUUGACGUAAACAACCAGAUGUUUUCUUAUUACAUUCAUGAGAUGCAUUAUCAGAUCCUCAGGUAUGAGACAGCAGUUAUUAAACACUGCUGUGUCCUGUGAUCAAUGUGAAUGCAGGAGUUGACAUUUAUGAUUGCGUUUAUAAAUUAGAUACUUUUCAUCUCCAAGCAAUCCAGUUUGCACUUAAACCCUAAAAUGUGGAUGUUGUGAAUCUCCCAAAGUUUUCUUCAUAAUUUGUGUGUGUUGAUGUGAAUUAAUUGAUGAAGACACAUGAGAGAGUAUCUGUGUACCUCUUUAUGUUUGUUGUUGGGCAAGAAACCGUUUUAUUGUUGACUAAGUCCUUAAUAUAUAAGAUAAUAUUAUGUCUGCUUGUUUGACUGACAUUUGACAUUCUGGGUUGUAUUCAUUUAAAAGAGUGUAGUGACACAUGUCACUUAGGUGCAGGGCAAUUAUAAUAACAGUACCAACAAUAAAGGCUGUUGUUGUUUCUUUUGACAGAAGCCAUGUGAGGGGUUUAAUGUCAAUCUUUUGGAUUUAUGUGAAAUAUAUUUAACAACAAUUAAACAGCUGUGUUCAAUCUUUCAGAAAUAUGUAUCAAAUGAAACUCACAAACUGGUAGUUUUUUCCUGAAAGUGCUUUGUGUUGUGUUUUCUUUAACACUGUGUUCAAAUGAGAGCGUAAAUAAAGUGUCACAUUUUCACAGCAAUGACAGUUUGUGUUCUAAAGUUUCUAAAAGAAAGCUGCUUCUGUAAAGAUUCCCUUUAUCUUCUAAAUAAACAAUAUUUUUCUUGUUAAAAAGUGACCUGAGAGACUUCCAUGGA